AUGCUGUUCAGGGACCAGUUCAUGCAAAACGCCGCUGAAGAGAGCUCCAGGCCGCCCGUGCCCAGCAAGGAUACCAUGCUACGGGGAAAUCAGAACACUUUACUGUCCAGGGCAUACCAUGAAGCUUCUUCGACGCAGCCGUUUCUGCCCCUAGAUGCUGACUUCUCAAAUCAAAGACAACACAACACGCCCUACGGGUACAGGUACUACGAGAGCGGGAACAGCGUGAACACGUUUGGGGAACAGCACGAGAUGGCGCGUUUCCCCAGUAGCUCGAACCCGUUUGAAGAGGCGAAGGACCCCUUCAGCUCAAGGUCCGGGUCUCAUGAGUACCAUGUUACGGGUAGCCAUGACGACGUGGAGAACGAAAGUAUUACGGAGAAAGUUAGGAAGAACGACAGGGCCAGACGUAAGCUCGAAAAAAGACUCCCCAGGUUCCACUACACGAAACUACCUUACUUCACCAUCUUGGUCACGCUCAUUCAGGUGAUUGUUUUCAUUGUGGAGUUGGUGAAAAUGGCCCAGCUUACGGGCCUGGCCUUCCAGACAAGCCCAUACUUCAAUCCGAUGCUAGGGCCCUCGACGUACUUGUUGAUCAAUAUGGGUGCUAGGUACGUGCCAUGUAUGCACAAGCUAGCGGGAAUCACAUCAGACCCUACAGUCCAGUUUCCUUGCCCCAACUCCACAUCAGUAGACACAAAUGUGUGCAAUUUGGCCGAGCUUUGCGGACUUAGUGGUAUUUCCCAAGACUCCAAUGGGUAUCAUCCCGACCAAUGGUAUCGUGUGAUCACGCCGAUCUUUCUACACGCUGGCUUUCUUCACAUUGGAUUUAACUUGCUUUUACAGGUGACCAUGGGUGCCUCUGUGGAAAGGGCCAUAGGCGGCUUGAAGUAUGCCAUCAUAUACAUGGCGCUGGGAAUCUCUGGAUUCCUCCUAGGAGCAAAUUUCUCCCCCAACGGCAUUGCCUCUACUGGUGCGUCCGGUGCUCUCUUUGGCAUCAUCGCUGCAAACUUGCUACUCUUCAUCUAUUGUGGCCGCAAGAAUACCAAUCCCUACGGCACCAAACACUACAAGCUAUUUAUUUUCAUCAUGAUCUUCGAAGUGAUCAUUUGCUUUGUGUUGGGGCUUCUUCCUGGCUUGGAUAACUUCAGUCAUAUCGGUGGUUUUUGUAUGGGUCUUCUUCUACUGAUACUAUUUCUUCCUGACCCUUCUUUCGUUUACAUUGACGGCGUCUAUACAUACUAUGCUGACACAUCCACAUUACAGCUUAUGCUUAAUAGUUGGAACCCGAUGGACAAGUACAGCGACAAGAUCAAAUGGAAAGUUCUAGCUUGGGCUGGUUUCCGUGUGGUGUGCCUAGUAUUGGCGAUCUUGUACUUUGCUCUUUUGUUCAAAAAUCUUUAUUCUAAAGGGAUGGAGGAAGGCAAAAAGACUUGUACUUGGUGCAAGUACAUCAACUGUAUCCCCGUCAACGACUGGUGCAAACAGGGAGAAGUGAGUGUCGAGAAUGUGGACAGCUCAGGCAACACCGACUCAGCCGCUUCUCCCACAGGUAAUACUGAUCCCGCGAGCCAAUCGUUUUCCCUUAUGACUAUCACCUCGCCCGGGCAGACCGUUGCCACAGAAAUUCCAAAUACGCAAAAAAGAGGUAUCGCUGAGUCGUACCCAACAGACACACUUCAACGAGAUGCCGCCAACGCUUUCCAAAGACGAUUCCAGGUGGAUAUACUGACCACUUUCAACCCGGAAACGCCACUUGUGGGCCACGACACGUCGCUACAGCAGCCAGCGAGCAUCCUUGCAUACUUUACGCUUGUAGCCGUGAUGGCAUUCCAAGCGUUCCAGUUUGCUCGUCGUCGCUCGCACAAGAACUAA